AUGCGGGUGGGGCAGCACAAGCACUCCUGCGGCCAGUGUGGGAAAAGCUUCAGCCGGGGUUCGUCCCUCAACCGGCAUCAGCGGGUCCACGUCGGGGAGAAACCCUUCACCUGCUCCAACUGCCGGAGAAGUUUCAUGUGCAGCUCCACCCUUAAGGACCACCAGAAGACCCACUGCCAGGAGAAACCCUACAAAUGCCCCAGCUGCGAGAAACGCUUCGCUUCCACCAAAUCUCUCAAAAAACAUUGCAAGCUCCACCUGGAGAACGGGGCGUACCGGUGUUCCGACUGCGGGAAAAACCUCACUUCCAACUCGGCUCUUGUCAUCCACCGGCGGAUACACACCGGGGAGCGACCCUACCAGUGCCCCGACUGCGGGAAGGCCUUCAUGGCCAACAAGUCCCUCAACAAGCAUCGCAAGAGCCACACGGAAGACGCGAUCUUCGUCUGUCCGGAUUGCGGGAAGAAGCUCACUUCCAAGUCCACCCUCAUCAUCCACCGGCGAAUACACACCGGCGAGAGGCCCUACGAGUGCCCCGACUGCGGGAAACGCUUCAUGGCCAACAAAUCGCUCAGCAAACAUCGCAAGAGUCAUAUGGGGGAGGGGACCUAUAAGUGUCCCGAGUGCGGGGAAACCUUCCCAAAAAACUCAGCCUUCGUAGCCCACCUCAGGACCCACAGGGGCCAGCCCCCGUAUCCGUGCUCCGACUGCGGGGAAGCCUUCUUGGAAAGCUCGUCUUUCAAGCGACACCGGAAAAAACACUUGGUGGAGAAACCCUACCAGUGCUCCGACUGCGGGCUCGGCUUCACCGUCCACUCCGCCCUCCUCCUCCAUCAGAAGAGCCACGUAGGACCCCGGCCUUACGUCUGCUCCGACUGCGGCAAAGCUUUUCGGGAGAGCACCACCCUCCGUAGGCACCAGCGUAUCCAUACGGGUGAGAAACCCUACCGCUGCUCGUACUGCGAGAAGAGCUUUCGGGCCAGCUCCACCCUCAUCAUCCACCGAAGGAUCCACACCGGCGAGAAACCUUAUAAAUGCACCAAAUGCACCAAGUGCUUCAUGUCCAGCUCUUCCCUCAUGAAGCAUCUGCGGACGCAUCUCCGCAAGGAGCUGCUGGUGGGUCCCACUCAGUGA